AUGGAUUCGAUGGGGUUCAGCGACGAUGAGUCCUCCGGCAUUGGCAGGGCCAGCGACGAAGUCCGCAGCAGCGGGAGCACAAGAGACGACGAACCUACCUCCGACGCGGUGGAACAAUUCGCAAACCUUCAAGACUCGAAAGAAGAGGUGCCUGCACCACCAGUGAACACGCAAGAUCUGGCAGCAUCCAAACCAAAAAUUCGCCAUCGAGACAACCCUGAGUGGCUGGCUUCUUUGGGGGAAAUUAUUUCCUUUUCUACCUCGACUCCGCUCGGCACAAGUAUGUUCCGAGGAGUACCAGCACCAGCGACCGCAGAAGAUCUGGCGGCAGCUUCGAAAGACGGAGGGCGUCGUCGAGACACCCCUGAGUGGCUGCCUUCCCUCAGCGACAAGGUCGCCGGGAUCCCUGCCCAGGUCUCGCUCGAUGCAGGGACAGCAGCAAACCUGGAGGCAGCUGCCAAAGACGGAGGAGGCCGUGAUGACAUCCCGGAGUGGCUGGCUACUCUAAGUGACAAGAACAUCGAGAUUCCUACCUCGAUCCCGCUCGAAACAGGAAAGCUUGAGGACAGCUCGAAGGUCAGGGUCAGAAAGAAAAUUCCAGACAACGACCGUCUACGAGCUGUUAUCCAGGAGGGCGACAGAAAAGGGCUAGUUACAUUUUUGCGGCAGGUGGACGCGGAAGUGCGGCAGAAGCUGACGAAGGCGUACGGUGGUACUGCCGACGAUAAUGAGGCCGACGAGGACGGUUUGUUCCGCAACACCUCUCCCCUCCUCCACGCGGCGAUACGCGGACGAGAGGAAGUAUUUUCUCUAUUGGCCGGUGCUUUGGAGACGAGCGGGACUCUGGGCGCCGAAAUGAUGAAAAGGGACGAGCACGGACGCACGGUGCCGCAGCUCGCGGCCCUCAGUGGGAAUCACGCAACCUUCAACCACGUGCGAAAAUUGGUUCAGCGUCUCAGCACGAACGAGAUUCGUCAAAUGCUCACGUCAACUGACAACAGUGGAAGCACUGUCCUCAUGGCCGCUUUCAACAGCCGAAACAUGGAAACGUUUCGAAGUGCUCUGGAGUUUACGAUGGAGCAGCUCGACAGCCCGCAGGUGCGGAAGCUUAUCGAGAUGACCGACAACUCCAACCAAACCCUCCUAUCGAUGGCGAUCAACACCAAGGACGCAGGGCGGUUUGAAUUUGCGCUGAACGAGUGUCGACGGGCUGUCGGCUACACGAAGGUUACGACAUGCGUAAACAGCAACCAAAAGGUGGCUGAGACGGUUCCACUUGAUGAGGUUUUCUCGAAGUGCGCGGAACGACAACUGGACCGCCAUCCUGGAAGACCUUUCGGCCUGAAGCUCCUUUCUUCCCUCAUGGCCUGCUCCGCCCGUCCUUCGCCGAGCCAUCUCAAGAAGCUCGCAAUUGCGCACGCCCGAGGAGAGGCCUUCAAGGACUGCUGCUUGGAUGCCGUGACCUCUGCUGCGAACCCGUUCAUCCCAGGCUUGGUGCUGUCGAUACGCCUCGCAGAGGCUGCCGAAAAGGCUAACGAGGGGGAACGAAGAGCCAUCACAGACAUUCAGGAGAGCGUGAACGCUCUGUUGCUCGAAGUACUUGAGCGGCUUCCUCGAUCGGUCAGAUCCUUCGAGAGGGACAUGGACGACUGCCGUGACAUGUUUGAGCCGAAGUUCUUGGACGUUUUCGAGGACUUCGAAAAGCCUCUGGAGAUGAUGCUCUCGAGACAGCAGCAGAGGGAGCUUUUCUGCAACGUUCCUCUCGUCAUGGACUUCCUGAAACGGAAAUUCACUCUCAGCCUGCCUCGCCUGCGCGACCCGAAGGAGGUUCUUGCGGAUUCCAACGAGAUCUUACAUCUGAGUCGUGGGGGAGUGAAAGGAGAUGUCUGCCUUGUGCUUGAUUGGGGUGUGGACGUCGAUGUUCAGAAAGAAGAUGGCCAUUUGAACGACGAACAAAUCGACGAAACGAUUGGAGAAACGAUUGGACAGGCGGACGACCACGCUUCAUUAAGACCACCAUGGAAGCAUCCCACUCUUUUCGGUAGCAAAAGCCUUCUUGCCAGCUUCAGAUCGCCUCGGGCAUUGCUACAAGGAGCCAACGAUCGUUUCCCCAGUCUUACUCCUUUCCCUGGAGCACAGGUUAUAGUCGCAGGCUUGGCUGCAAGGCCUAACGACUACUUCAGGGUGCCGGCCAUGAGGAUGGUGCUCGACCUCGUCGUCUACAUUGGGAUGAUCGUGGCGCUGAGUACAUUUGUGCUCUUCCACUCACAGGCCGAGAAAUCUUAUGUCGAGGGUUCCACCGAUGAACAAGUCGUGUUCAGGACGCUCGACUGGCCUGAGGCCACUUGCGCGAAGAUCUUCAUCGUGGGUGGAGUGUUCCAGGAGGGACGCGAGAUGGCAAGAAACUUCGGCCGAUAUUGUGAAGACCAGUGGAAUGCUCUGGACUUGCUGAGCCUUCUGUUCUUGACCAUCGGUUUGGUCGGAAGAGUUGUAGACUGGAAAAGCCAAUUGGGGCCCGCGUUUUAUGCGCUUGCCGCCCCACUGUUGGUAUCCCGCGCCCUGUUCUUCGUCCAGAUCCAUCCUCUCCAAGGCCCGAUGAUUCAGGCAAGUGGCGAAACGAAACGUUUCCCACAGCGUGUAGUGUUUCGCAUGACGAGGAUCCUGCUCAAGUUCGGGUUUGUCAUGGCGGUCAUAGUGCUGGGGUUCACCAUGGCUUUCCAUGUCCUGUUCCGCGACUUCGACAGCUUCGGCGAGUCGUUUCUGGACUUGUUCAAAGCCAUGCUAGGUGACACUGACUUUUUCAAGGUGUUCUCGGGAGACACGUACGACGUUGUGGCGACGUUCUUGCUUGUGGUGUAUCUCUUCAUCGUGACGGUUAUGCUCCUAAACCUCCUCGUUGCUAUUCUGAGCACCUCGCACGCUCAGGUAGCGGAAAAUAUCGAACGCGAGUUCAAGGUAUCGAUCGCGCGGAUGAUGGAUCACUACCAGUUGGUCGUGACGAACGACAUGCUGCCGACCCCGUUCAACUUGCUGCAGCUGAUCGUAUGGCCGAUUGCUUGGUGCCUGCACGGGUGUUGUGGACGCAAUAGCGGCGUGUCUGGAAACACACAACAAACCCGCAACCGUUCAAAGGAAGCAUACGCAUGCGGGAGCAAAGCCAUUGGACCCGUGGUGUUCUGGGUCGUGCUGGGUCCCGUAGCUGUCAUUGGAGGAAGUCUCCUCUGGAUGGGAUCUGUGUUGCCUGCGAUGUAUUUUUGGCGCAAGCACCACCGACUCCAGAACAAGAGGGACAAUGGUGGAGGUGACAGCAAGAGGAGCAUGCACCUUUGGUCGCUGUUUCUUCGGUAUGUUGUGAUCAUCCCGUGCUGGUGUGUUUUUGGCGCUCCGGUUUAUCUCCUCUUGUUGUGGCUGAACGCAUCUAGACGGGUGUUAUCUCGCUGCCCUUGCAAUGACGAUACCAGGAGUACAGCAAAAUCCCGACACGGUGCUAGUAAAUCCACAAUAGAGAGCAUGCUGUUGAAAAGCCCUGGAGGAGUAGGAGCGCAAAAGUUGCGCGAAUUCCUUGACGACCCCAUGGAUGACAAGGACGUGCGUCAGGAUGAGAAGGACAGACGCACCACGGUGGAGCACAUCAAACUUCUUCGGAAUCGCCUGGAGAAUACCUCCAAAGAGCAGCUAAAGGGGCUGGAAGAAGCACUGCAUCAGCGGUUGAUGAAGGAGUUCGGACUUUCGGUGCAAGCGAGGGUUGGAGCAUGUACGACUACGAGGGAUGUUGGUACAAACACCUAGCUAAAGUUGGUGAGGCGUUCAUUGCCAAGUGUGAGCCGCAAUACUACACGAGAUUGGUGUGGUGCGUAAUGAAUAUCUGCAUCUAUCUUGCUUUGUAUAUUUGCAUUGACCUGUUCCUCUGUUGUAGCUUCGAUUAAUGUAAUGUAAUGCCCGGAAAAGUAAAAUCAGUUCUACUGCAGGUGUGUGAAGAUAGCACUGGCAGCACCAGCAUUCGACAUGCAACAACUUUCGUAUUCUCCAGUCAUUUCUUGUCGUUCGGCAGAGU